AUGUCUUCAGCGAAGGCAGUCUGCUUUCUGGAACCGGAAGCUGCCGUAUCGCGGCCGACGCGCAGCGCUGUCUUCAUCAGCGAAUGGUUGACGCACUCCAUGAUCAAAAGGUACUUGGCAACCUUUGCUGAACAACAGUGGCCAGCAGUUGUGAAGUGGACCUUUGUUUUGGGAGUCGUGUCGCUUCGCAACUCGGGACUGCCCCUUCAUUCUCUUUCGGUUCAAGAUCUUAUCAGCAUCGUCAAUGCAAACACCGACAUUUCCUUGACGCCGGCGCACAAAUUAGCUCCCUUACAGCUGCUGCAAGGCAGCAGAGGCCGAAAAGACGCCGCACAGGCUGCCGAAGCUGCAGCGGGAAAACACAGGAGGAGCAGCAGCGCCAAAGCAAGCAGCCUUUGGAGGAGGGGGGACUGUGGGGCCGACCCGUGCACGGGUAGCAGCAGCACUUACCCAGCCUGGUGGGGAGAUGGUGACGUGCCGCAAGAGGAGCUGCCGCAGCAGGAGAACCAAGCGGAGCAGGAGCACUCCAUACAGCAGCAGCAGUUGCUGUCGCUGCGGGAGGCGACUGACCCCCAGCACCUUGACACUGUCCAAAGGUGUGGGGAGUCGAUCACUUUGCGGGGGACGGAGCAACGGCUGCCGCAACAGAAGGCGGGGGACGAGCAGCGGGAGGAAGUGGUGGAGCCGGAUCCGGAGGAGGCACUCCAGCUUGAAAUGCUCCAGAAGCAGCAGCGGCAGCUGGAGCAGCAAAGGAAAUGGCUAGAGAUGCAGAUUCGCCUGCAGCAGCAGCAGCUUGCAACGCGCUUACAGCAGCUGCCACAGCAGGAGCAACAGCAACAGCAGCAGCAACAACAGCAAUCGCAGCAGCAACAACAGCAAUCGCAGCAGCAACAACAGUCGCGCACUCCGCUGAAUGAUGAAGAGGCUGAUGCCUUGGUGAGGAAUCGAAUGCAGCGGCUGCGGCUAACGGACCAGCCGGAGAAGAAGCAGCGGCAGCUUCUGCUUCGGCAGCGCAAUCUCCAGCCUGGAAAAGCGGCAGCAGCCAGUCGAGUGGUUAGCGGUUUCUUUGCAGAUCGUCAAUCAGCAGAGCAGGUGUUUCUCUCGUCUCUUCGGGCCGAGAGCAAUUCUGUAUCUCUUUGCGCUGCUGCUGCGAGUGCAAGGUCAGCUGCGGCAGCAGCGGCAGGUAACAAAAGACAUCUUCGUGCGCUUGGGUGCAGCAACCUGAGAAUAAGGCAGCAGCAGCAGCUGUUUGCUGCUGCGGCGGCUGCGGAAGGAAAUAGCAAUCUGCUUCAAUCCUUGACCCGCACUCAGGGAUUGCUGCUGCGGCAACAAAUGAAGCAGCAGCUGUUCCUGCAAAAGCAGCUGCUGAAGCAAGAGGAGCAGCAGCGACAGCACCAACUUCAGCAAGAGCAGCAGCAACAACCUCAGCAAGAGCAGCAGCAACAACCUCAGCAAGAGCAGCAGCGGAGCGAGAAACAGCCACAGUGGCUCGUGCUGCGACAUCAACUACAGCAGCGGGAGGAGCAGCAAAAAAGCGGCAAAGACAGUUUAGAGGCAACACUGGAGCAGCAGCAGCAGAAGCACCUUCAGCUACAGCGAAAGCAGCAGCAGAAAGAGACUUUGAUGCAAGAGCAGCUGCUGAUGCAGCAACAGUUUGAAGAGGCACUCCUCCAGGAGGGGCCGUCUGACGAUAGCAGCAGCACCAGCAGCAGAGGCAGCACGAUUGAGCGCGUGCGGGUAGGAUCCUCUACUGAAGCUCAAGGGAAGGCAGCAGCAGCAAACUCCGGCUUCGCGGCGGGCAGUGCUGCAAUCCCUGUUUCCCCUGGGUUAUCGGAUGUUGUUGAUGUUGGAGGCUUUGCCUCCUCAGCAGUACCUUUGGCAAAAGAAUCAGCAGCAGCGCUGUCUGUUGGUGCCGCCAAAGAUAGUCGUAACGUCUCGAAUCCUGCGAAUGCCUCAAUUUCCUCUACGCGUGGUAGAGGCGGCGACGAGGAUGCCUCAUGGCGACAGCAACCCCAGCAGCGUCCGCUGCAGGGAUUUGUGACUGCCGAAGACUUACUGGGGCAAUUCUCUUUCGAGCCGCCAGCUCACCAGCUUGACAAGCACCAGCCGGAUGGGGCAAGUACAGUGGGAGACGCGCUGGCGUCUGCAAUGCUCGACGGCAUGCUAAAGCAGCUCGAUGCUUCCGGCAGCAGCAGCAGCUGCAGCAGCGGGAAUAGCUCGCCGAUGCUCCAGCAGCAGACCAGCGCCUCACUUCUUAGCAGCAACAGCAGUACUACUGAAGGAACGGGGGCUAUCACAACGUCGGUGCUGUUCGCAGCGGAGCAGCAUAUUCUCUCGGCUGUCUCCGCUGCUGCAGGACAGCCAACGCUAGUCCCACCAGCAGCGUAUCCCCAGGCGAGCCAAACGGGCGAGUUUCCCGCAGCGAGUGGCGCAGGAGUGCCAACAUUCGGAACCAGCAAUAGCAACACCAGCAGGGCAUCAGAAAAUCCUAGCGAGAUCAGCACUGCAGUGUUGCUGGCAGGCAGUGAGAUGGAAAUUCAGCGCGCACUCAAGCAGGAAGACCAGCAACAGCAACGCCACCACCCUCGCGCAUGCGCUUUUGAGAUUCCGCUUGACUGA